AGCUUCUUCAAUCUGCCCAGAUGGUUCGAAUUCGAGUACAAUUACGAGAUGAAAGAGGUCAACCUGACCAUGGUCAACGGAACAAUGGUUUUGAGCAACGUGUCCGAUAUUGUCGUGGGUACAACAGAGCUUCGUCGAAACGAGGCUUAUGUCCGGGAUUACACCCUGAUUGCCAAUACCGUGUGUGUUCUCCUUCUUCCCACACUGAUCAUGCUCAUAAGUACCUUCUUAAUUGUGCGGCAAAUGAUCUUGCCCAAAUCCUCCAUUUACACGUGUAAUCAGGAACGAGCUCGGAAGAAGAGGAACCGAAGCAUUACUCUCAUGCUCAUUGGGAUCAUUGUCUUGUUCUUCGUGUGCCAUAUCGGCGAGGUGAUCAUUUCUAUGUACGAGAUGAUCUUGUUCAUCGACAAUGGCGAGAAAGUCGAGUUCCCCCAACUCAUACGUAACCUCAUCGUUCUUAAUCAUCUCUUGAUAGUAAUGAACUCCUCACUAAACUUUGCCAUAUACUGCAAGGACCUGGUGUUUCGAGAGUGUUGCCAAGAAGUUUUAUGCAAGAUCUUCAGUGAGCCCAGUUGUAUUCCGAUCUCAGCGGGCACUCAUCGUACUCUUCAGACCAAUCAACAGAUGCAGCGUCCAUUAAGGAGGGUCCAAAUUAGCGAUGAUCAAGACCAGUGCGCUCCACCAAAUGCCUACGGUUGUGGUCCAAUCAGGCAAGACGUUAGUAACUCAAACUUGCGAUGA